AUGGCACUUCCCACGUGGGAUAAUCUCAUCUCGCUCACAAUCGAUAUGAAAGACAAUGACUUCUCUUUUGAUGCUCUGGACCAGAUAUUUACCCAGGCUCCCAACCUUGUAGAGCUAUGGAUUUCGGAGGACGUCAUUGAGAGUACAGGUUGGCAGCCUGCUCGGAUCGCGUCUAAAAAAUUGCGGUUAUUCUCACUUGUGGUGGAUCCUUAUUGGAUUAACGAGGCCCCCGAACAGUUCGAUAUUGGACCUGUCUUCGAUUCCCUUAUGUUCCCCGCCCUAUCUGACCUUGUCGUCACCAUCCCUAUGGAUGGAAAUCUCGACUUCUUGCGGCACUUCAUAGCUCGCUCAGGGUGCCGGUUGUCUAGUCUCACAUUCACCGAGAUUUUCGAUGAAGCUUUCGGCGACCCAGAGUCAAGCUUGAUUCGUCGCGCCGGUGUUAACCUCGCGGAAGAAUAUGGCAUUCCGUCUGUAGAGUUCACAUACGAUCUGGACGAAACGCGGAUUUAUCAGAAGGCAAAGGACAGGUGGUACUGCAUGGAUGAUCAGGCUUGA